AUGAUCAGCCUUCAGCGCUACGCUCUAUAUGCUGUCAUUGCUAUUUUAGCAAUUAUUACCGUGACACGAUUCCACGAUGGCAUAGCGUCGCAAGCAAGAAUACAUUAUGCGGCUUUCUUUCCAAGUGCUAAGACGCAAUCCAAUGGCCGCUUCGACUGGAGUCAGGUGCCAGUCCACUAUGCACCAAAGAGCCUCACCGCGCUACCCAGUGCGAAGCCCCACAAGCUGCCUCAGGUGCAGUUCGACUUUCCGAAGGAGACCCCAGAACACGCCCAGACUCGCAAGGAGAGGCAAGCUGUUGUGAAAGCAGCCUUCGAGCGAUGUUGGAAUGCAUACAAACAAUUCGCCUGGAUGGCGGACGAAGUGAAGCCAAUCAGUGGCCAAAUGAGUAAUGGCUUUGGUGGGUGGGCGGCGACUCUUGUUGACAGUCUCGACACGCUUUGGAUCAUGGGGCUCAGAGACGAUUUCGAAGAAGCAGUCAAAGCUACCAUGACGAUCGACCUUGGGAAGGCGACUCAAGACACCGUCAACGUUUUUGAAACCACUAUUCGCCAUCUUGGAGGCCUUCUCUCUGCCUACGAUUUGAGUGGUGACAAACGACUUCUGGAGAAGGCAAAAGAGUUUGGAGAAAUGCUUCUGAAAGCGUUCGAUACUCCCAACCACAUGCCAAUCACUCGAUGGAAACCGCAAGAGGCACUCAAAAUCCCACAGACAGCGGAUCCGGUAGUCCUGGUCGCUGAGAUUGGAUCUCUUACUAUGGAGUUUACAAGAUUGUCCAUGGUCACUGGCGACAUGCGAUGGUAUGAUGCUGUCGAUCGAGUGAUGAAAUUGUUUGCGCAACAGCAAGAGGAUACGCAUCUGCCAGGCAUGUGGCCGGUCGUAGUGAAUGGAGAAGAGGCCGACUUCACUCAGGAUACAUACUUCACGCUUUCUGCGAUGUCUGACUCCUUGUACGAAUACUUGCCAAAGAUGCACGCAUUGCUUGGAGGUACGGAACCGAUAUAUCAGAAGAUGUACUUGAGAAGUAUGCAGACCGCCAUCAAGUACAACCUCUGGAAGCCGAUGACGCCGGAAGAUGCGGACAUCCUUCUCUCUGGAAACGUGAGAGCUGAAAUGGGUGCUCUGCCUAGACUAGAGCCACAGGGCCAGCAUCUGGUCUGCUUUGCUGGUGGCAUGUUUGCUCUUGGCGGCAGGCUUAUGAGCGAAGAAGCUCACGUCAAGAUUGGCAGGAAGCUCACUGACGGAUGCAUAUGGACGUAUCGAGCGUUUCCCAUGGGUGUCAUGCCAGAGACAUUCGAAAUGAUACCGUGUCCAUCUCGCACAGGCGAAUGUCAAUGGAACGAACAAAAGUGGAAGGAUGAAGUUCUCCGCCACUCACCCGAGGAGGUACAAGACUUUGAUCAGAUCAUGAAAGAUAAGCGAUUACCCAAAGGAUUCAGCGACAUUCACGACACAAGAUACAUCUUGAGACCCGAGGCAAUUGAAAGCGUCUUCAUCCUUUAUCGAGCUACAGGAGACGAGACAUAUUUCCAUCGAGGAUGGGAUAUGUUCACGAGUAUUAUCAAUGCUACAGAGACAGCCAUCGCCAAUGCAGCAUUGGCAGACGUAACGUGGCCACCAGAACAGCUCGCAGCAGCAGGAGCUUCUGUCAAGAUGGAUAGCAUGGAGAGUUUCUGGUUGGCGGAGACGCUCAAAUACUUUUAUCUGCUCUUUUCCGAGCCAUCGACGAUCAAUCUGGACGAGUGGGUAUUUAAUACUGAAGCGCACCCAUUAAAGAGGGCCUUGCCGACCUAG